AUGGCACAACCGAACAUUCACAGCUUUUACCGCAUCUGGUUCACGGUGAUAGACCCUCUCGUACUCGUUGUCAGUGCCGUUGGCUGCGUAGUUUCUCCAGCGGCUUUAUUGGAUGGCUUCAUCCCAGCCACGAUGUCAAAACCGGAUCCAGAUCACGGCUUCCUCUUCCAACAGAUUGCUGCUCUAUAUCUGUUCAUGGCUACAAUCAUGAUUGGCGUCCUACGUACCAGUUCGGACAUGAAGAUUUGGAGGACAGUCCAGGGCGGCGUUCUAGUCGUGGAUAUCGCGCUUCUCAUAAUCAUCUAUGUUAGUCUAGAUCAUCAGGCUCGGCUUAGCCCGUCGAAAUUGAGAUUGCAAGACUACGGAAACGUCUUGUUUACCGGAUGGGUGGCUGUCGUUAGAGGUCUAUUCUUGGCUGGAGUAGGGGUUCAGGACGUGACGCCGAAGAAGAGCAACUGA